ACCUGGUUCGAGCUCUAACAGGACCCGAACUUUCUCUUUUCCAGGCGGUCGAUCAAUUGAUAGCCCUACAGCCUUGCAGUUAAAAUAGGAAGGGGAAAAAAAAGACCAUCCGAUCUGGUUCCUAUCCUCUGCUCUUAGAUGCUCCACAGCCAUGCCUGGUGAAGUGAUUGACAGGCCUAACCCCAAGGCGAAACCGUCGCAUAUCCCGGAUGUUGUGCAGCAGCUACAGGUCCAGCUCGAGCAGACGAGCUUAGACCAGUCUGCUAACGAUGGCCUGCUGAAGUUCCGUCGAGCAGCUGCUUACAUCGCGGCGGCGAUGAUUUUCCUGCAGGAUAAUGUAUUGCUGCAGCGGGACCUAAAACAUGAGGAUAUCAAGCCUAGACUACUUGGUCACUGGGGGACAUGUCCCGGCCUUGUCUUGGUGUACUCCCACCUCAACUACGUUAUCAAAAAGCAUGACUUGAAUAUGCUCUUUGUUGUGGGACCUGGACAUGGCGCGCCGGCUUUGCUGUCCUGUCUCUGGCUUGAAGGCUCGCUGGGGAGAUUUUAUCCUCAGUACUCCCGCGACGGUGAAGGCCUGAAGAAUCUCAUCUCGACCUUUAGCACUUCAGCUGGGUUGCCAAGUCACAUUAAUGCAGAGACGCCUGGUGCUAUUCAUGAAGGCGGCGAGUUGGGUUAUGCGUUGGCAGUAUCGUUCGGUGCUGUGAUGGACAACCCCGAUUUGAUUGUGACUUGCGUGGUUGGAGACGGAGAAGCAGAGACAGGACCGACAGCCACGUCAUGGCAUGCAAUCAAAUACAUCGACCCUGCAGAAUCUGGAGCCGUUCUCCCAAUUCUACAUGUCAACGGGUUCAAGAUCAGCGAGCGUACAAUCUUCGGGUGCAUGGAUAACAAGGAACUGGUUUCCCUCUUCACUGGCUACGGUUAUCAAGUCCGCAUUGUCGAGAACCUCGAGGAUAUUGAUGCGGAUCUUCACUGCUCUAUCUCGUGGGCAGUCGGUGAGAUCCAUAAAAUCCAGAAUGCUGCGCGCUCCGGAAAGCCUAUCAUGAAACCCAGAUGGCCUAUGAUCGUUUUGCGAACACCAAAGGGUUGGUCAGGGCCCAAGGAAUUGCACGGGCAGUUCAUCGAGGGAUCAUUCCAUUCACAUCAGGUACCUCUUCCGAAUGCCAAGAAGGACAAAGAAGAACUUCAGGCUCUUCAAAAGUGGCUUUCCUCGUACGGUCCAAGGGAACUGUUCACAGAAUCUGGGAACAUCAUUGAAGAUGUGAAAUCCAUCAUCCCUUCGGAAGAGUCGAAGAAGCUCGGUCAGCGACCCGAGGCCUACAAAGCUUACAAGCCUCUCGACCUUCCGGACUGGAAGAAGCUAUGUGUCGAAAAGGGCUCCCAGCAGAGUGCGAUGAAGGCAAUCGGCACUCUAAUAGACCAAGUUUUCACGAAGAACCCCCACAACGUCCGGUUAUUCUCUCCGGAUGAGCUGGAGAGCAAUAAGUUGGACGCCGCACUUGAGCACUCUGGAAGAAACUUCCAGUGGGAUCAAUUCUCCAACGCCAAAGGAGGCCGUGUCAUUGAGGUGCUGAGUGAACACUUAUGCCAGGGAUUCCUCCAGGGGUAUACCUUGACCGGCCGAGUGGGUAUGUUCCCCUCUUACGAGAGUUUUCUGGGAAUUGUCCACACGAUGAUGGUGCAGUAUGCCAAGUUCAUGAAGAUGGCCCAGGAAACGAAGUGGCACGAAGGUGUGGCUAGUAUCAAUUACAUCGAGACCAGCACAUGGGCUCGGCAGGAGCACAAUGGCUUCUCCCAUCAGAACCCAUCCUUCAUUGGAGCGGUUCUCAAAUUGAAGCCUACCACAGCCCGGGUUUAUCUCCCACCCGAUGCGAACACUUUCUUGACAACUCUGCAUCAUUGCCUGAAAUCAAAGAACUACAUCAACCUGAUGGUGGGUUCGAAGCAGCCGACACCCGUGUAUUUGUCACCCGAGGAAGCAGAGAACCACUGCCGAGCCGGUGCUUCUAUCUGGAAGUUCUGCAGCACGGACGACGGUCUUGAUCCAGACGUGGUUCUGGCUGGGAUCGGUGUCGAGGUGAUGUUUGAAAUCAUCUACGCGGCUGCCAUUCUGCGAAAACGCUGCCCUGCCCUCCGAGUGCGGGUGGUCAACGUGACGGACCUCAUGAUCCUGGAGACUCAGGGAUCCCACCCCCAUGCGCUCUCCACGGAUUCAUUUGACAACCUGUUCACUGCCGACAAGCCCAUCCAUUUCAACUACCACGGCUAUCCAAAUGAGCUGCAGGGGCUGCUUUUCGGACGGCCACGCCUGGAGCGGGUCAGCAUCAAGGGUUACAUGGAAGAGGGAAGCACGACGACCCCCUUCGACAUGAUGCUGCUGAACCAGGUAUCCCGGUACCACGUUGCGCAGACCGCCAUCAAAGCAGGCGCGAAGCGGAAUGAGAAGGUUUCAAUCCAGGAGCAGGAGUUGACCUCGGAACUGGCCCAAAACAUCGUGAAAACACGCAAGUACAUUCUGGAAAAUCGACAAGGUGAGUGUUCCGGAUCUUCGUUCGAUGUCUGCUGAAGAGCUUGAUGGAUCGUUGCUAACCCUUGAUCAGACCCUGACGACGUGUAUGACACGCCGGAGUUCAAGUAAGAGUAGUAUAGUCCUGUGUACUAGUAAUGGUUUCAUGAUAGUGAUGAAUCAGUAAUUAAUUCGAAUCCU